AUGAAUCUGUCUGAUGAGUCCUCCUACCAAAAGGAGUUGCUGGGUAACUUCACCUUGGCUUACUCCUACUACCACCAGAACUACACCCUAGCCCCCCCGCUGCAUCCAGACAAGACCAGCGCUUCCAAACCUGCAGCAUGCGAGCAGGUCCACAUCGCUGUAGAGGUCUUUCUGAUCCUGGGUAUCAUCUCCCUGCUGGAAAAUAUCCUGGUGAUCACAGCCAUAGUGAAGAACAAGAACCUCCACUCACCCAUGUACUUCUUCGUCUGCAGUCUGGCAGUAGCGGACAUGCUGGUGAGUGUGUCCAACGCCUGGGAGACCAUCAUCAUUUACCUCCUCAACAACAGACAGCUGGUGGUGGAGGAUCACUUCAUCCGGCAGAUGGACAAUGUGUUUGACUCCAUGAUCUGCAUCUCUGUCGUGGCAUCGAUGUGUAGCCUGCUGGCCAUCGCUGUGGACAGGUACGUCACCAUCUUCUAUGCACUGAGGUACCACAACAUCAUGACAGUGAGGAGAGCCGGCUGCAUCAUCGGGGGAAUCUGGACCUUCUGCACUGGCUGCGGGAUCGUCUUCAUCAUCUACUCAGACACCACCCCCGUCAUCAUCUGCCUGGUCUCCAUGUUCUUUGCCAUGUUGCUCAUCAUGGCCUCCCUCUACAGCCACAUGUUCAUGCUGGCGCGUUCCCACGUCAAGCGCAUCGCCGCCCUGCCUGGCUACAACUCCAUCCACCAGCGAGCCAGCAUGAAAGGGGCCAUCACGCUCACCAUUCUGCUGGGAAUCUUCAUCGUCUGCUGGGCCCCCUUCUUCCUCCACCUGAUCUUGAUGAUCUCGUGCCCGCGGAACCUCUACUGCGUGUGCUUCAUGUCCCACUUCAACAUGUACCUCAUCCUCAUCAUGUGCAACUCGGUGAUUGACCCUCUGAUCUAUGCCUUCAGGAGCCAGGAGAUGAGGAAGACUUUUAAGGAGAUCAUCUGUUGUUACAGCCUGAGAAACGCCUGCACCAACCUGACGGGUAAGUACUGA